AGGAUGUCAGGGCUGGACGCCGAAGGGCGUGGACCUGGGAUGGAGCUAUGUUACGUAAUGCUCCAUUCAUCUCUCACGCCUCUCCUCCUCAUCCUCUGCACAUGUUCGUCCCACAGUGUCUGAUCUGCCUCAGCUCCCUGCUGCCCUCCCCACCGCGCAGAGGAAGGAAGUACAGGAGCUCAUAAAUGAUCCAGUCUCCUGGUUGCAAUGGCCACGGUAGUGAUGGAGCAGAUUGGCCGGCUUUUCAUCAACGCCCAGCAGCUCCGACAGAUCCCGCAGCUGCUCGAGUCAGCCUUCCCGACGCUGCCCUGCACUGUCAAGAUUUCCGAUGUCCCCAGGGUGUUCCGCGAGCGCCACAUCCUCACGGGCUACAGGCAGACAGAUCAGAGCUGGCGGUACUACUUCCUCACCCUCUUCCAGAGGCACAACGAGACCCUGAAUGUGUGGACCCACCUGCUGGCAGCCCUCAUCAUCCUCGUGAAGUGCCAGGAGAUCUCAGAAACGGUCGAUUUCCUGCGUGAUCCUCAUGCCCAGCCCCUCUUCAUUGUCCUCCUGUCAGCCUUCACCUACCUCUCCUUCAGUGCUCUUGCCCACCUCCUGUCCGCCAAAUCAGAGCUCUCGUACUACACCUUCUACUUCCUCGACUAUGUCGGGGUGUCCGUCUACCAGUACGGGAGCGCUCUGGCCCACUACUACUACGCGAUAGAGAAGGAGUGGCACAGCUCGGUGCAGGGGUUCUUCCUGCACACUGCUGCAUUUUUGGCUUGGCUCACUUGCUUUGGGUGCUGCUACGGUAAAUACGCGAGGCACGACCUGCCCAAGUUUGCCCACAAGCUCCUCCAAGUGGUGCCCUCGGCCUUGGCCUACUGCUUAGACAUCAGCCCGGUGGUCCACCGCAUCUACAGCUGCUACUGGGAGGGCUGCUCCGACCCGAUAGUGCUGUACCACGUCUACCACGUGAUCUUCUUCCUAAUCAGCGCCUAUUUCUUUUGCUGCCCACACCCAGAGAGCCUGCUCCCUGGGAGGUGUGACUUCUUCGGGCAGGGCCACCAGAUCUUCCACGUGCUGGUGGUGGUGUGCACGCUGAUGCAGAUUGAAGCCCUGCGGACUGACUUCACGGAGCGCCGCCCUCUCUACGAGCGCCUCCACGGAGACGUCGCCCACGACGCCGUGGCGCUCUUCAUCUUCACCACCUGCUGCUGCGCUCUCACUGCGUUUUACGUGCGCAACCGCGUGCGCGCCGCCCUCUGCGAGAAGAAGGAGUGAGGACGGGGGUUUUUGAUCCAAAAGUGAGAAGGGUUAAUUUAUUUUACUCAGUAGUGAUGGUUUUAAAAUACUUAACAUGUUUUUUUUUUUGUCUAUGAGAAAUAUUGGUUUGUGACGGUGACUUCUGCUUAUUUCUCUUGCCAAACUACCGUGAAGUAACGUGACUGAGGAUGUGAUUUUGUGACUUACAGUGAGGAACAGGGGGAAACUUGGAUUGCGUCCGUAGCCACACAGAUUCUUAUCAGCUGUUUUACUUUAACAUGCAACAACUGUUGUUUUAAUCCAGGUGAGCAGAUACAUUAAAAGGUAUUUUAAAACGCCCUCUUAAACUUUAUUCUGUAUACGCUGCCUGCCUUAAUCAGAUUGUAGCAUUUUAGGUUAUGCAAACAGUUCACUCAAAAUGUAUAGACUGGAUUCUAAUAAUUACAAGCAAAUAUCUUUUUUCUACAGAUUUCUACCCAGCCUUUGAGUAUGACAGCAAAUCUAUUUGUCUUUAAUGGGUUGUGUUGAUUUGUGAGGUUCUAUAAAGUUAUUAUAAGUAAUAAUUCCCUUGCCUGUUGUGGACAGAUGCUAUAUGAGGAUGAGUUUGUUGAAAAUUAAAUAAUUAGGAGCCAUGUUAGCCUUUGACUUGAUGACUUGACUCAAGUCAGACUUGAGUCACAGAUUUAACUUUGACUUGAUUCCUACUGACCUGUGACUUGACAUGGAUUUUAAAUGUUCUAAUUACAGUCAAAAAUAAUAAUUGAGAAAUAAAAUAUCCCCACAUCAUUAAUGCUUCACCCCUUAAUAAGUGUUGCAUGUCAUCCACGCGGUGAUAACUACAGUGAUAAAUGGUGUUGAACUAAGAAUCCCUCAUUUAUGUUUUAAUUUGUGUGAGAUAUGUAUGGCUUUUUUCCCGAAAUGCCUCAUGCUUUCUGGCGAUGCUGAAGAAUGUUUUUAUUUUGAAUUACAGGUUUUAAAAGGAAUAGUUCUACAAAUAAAAUAAUAUUUUGUUUCAUUGAGUAUAGAUUUGAUGCAAAAAA